AUGAUUGUUGUAAAUAUAAAAAGAAUAGAAGACAACAGCACCAGACAAAAAAUGGCUCAAGUUCCAGGGUUAUUGUUCCGUGAAUCGCAAUUAAACCUUCUGAAUGCAUUUAUAACGGAUGAUCCAAGCACAACGGCAAGUAAUUUAGUCCUUCAAGGUUGUAAUGGAUCGGGGAAGGCCUUCACAAUAAGAAAAUUCUUCGAACACUAUCAUCCAAACGCAUUGAAUGUAUGGGUAUACCCUAUCGAAUUGGUUUCUUGGAGACCUCUCCUGCAAGCUGUGACGAGACUGGUACAAAAAAUAUUGAAGUCAAGGUACCCAUCAAUCCAUGUCAACCAGUUUGAUCCUAUGGAAGUUGAAGAGCUCUAUCAGUUUGUGAAGGCCUUACAUUUUAUUUUAAAUCAAUAUAACGAACAUAUUCAAGAAACGACAAAUCUGUUUAUUACGUUGGAUGGAUUUGAUACACUUUUUGACCUUGAUUUAAUAUUAUUGGUAAAUUUCCUUAAAUUACACGAAUUAUUAUCACAGGACUCAAAGGUUCAGUUGAAAUUUAUUUAUUUGAUAGAGGAUGAAUCCUUUUUAUCCAAAUACGCUACAUACAUGAUUCCCACCAUUACUUUCCCAAGAUAUGAUCAGAAUGAAAUUUUGGAAAUAUUAUUAUUAUCCAGAGGUAAAGAAUUAAUGAACGCUAAACCAUUCCAAAUGGCACUAAAAGAUUUAGAUAUUAAUGAUGAUGAGCAAUUUAAUAUAAUGGCCAAUUUUAUCCAACUAAUAACUCAAUCUUUCCAUUCAUACACAGGGAACGAUAUUUCUGCAUUGAAUGAUCUAAUAGAUUCCAAAUGGGAACAAUACAUCUCAUAUAUGAAUGAAAGGACAAUUAUGAAUCCAAUACAACUAUACAGAGCCUCAGUGAAACUUUUCAUUUCUACCGAUGAAUCAUUAUGUGAUGAUGAUCAAGAAGAGGAAUUUACUAUAAAUGAAAGGAAAGAGCAAACUUACGAUUUAUCCAUCAUGUCCAAAUACCUGUUAAUGGCCGCUUAUAUUUGUUCUUAUUUGGGACAGAAAUACGAUAGAAAUAUAUUUUCGAGAAAGACAAAUAUAACACGAGGUAGGGGUGGCUCAGGGCGUAGAAAGAAGCAAGAAAUCAAUCCAAGAUACCUGCAAGCCUCAUUAUUUCAUUUGGAACGGCUCCUAGCAAUAUUUCAAGCUAUUUAUCCGAAAGAAUUAGAGACUGUGAGCGGGUCAUUGGCGUCUUUGGGAGAAGAUAAUCUUAUGAGAGCUAACGUGGAAGUAUUUCAAAAUUUGGCUGAGCUACAUUCCUUGAAAUUAAUUGCAACAACCACAGCGAAGAAUAUCGAUUUUCUGAACUAUAAAGUGAAAUGGAAAGUAAACGUCCCUUGGGAGAUCAUCGAGGAAAUUUCUAAUUCGUUAGAUUUCGAUAUAGGACAGUAUUUCAACGCCGUUCAUGAGUAA